AUGAUGAACUCGCAUGAACCAAGCACCCCAGGGCCGGGCGUCGCGAACGUCUCGAUGAAGCUGAACGACGCACAGCGGCAGUACCAGCAGCUCCUCGACCGCAUCACGCCGUUCGUCCUCUACAGGUGGCUCGGGGCCGCAGGCCUGCUCGCGCUAUUCAUACUGCGAAUCGUGCUCUCACAGGGGUGGUAUAUCGUAUGCUAUGCACACGCAAUAUACAUCCUCAACCUCCUUCUCGCCUUCCUCCAGCCAAAAUUCGACCCCUCGCUGCAGGAAGACCUGCUCGCGGACGAGAUCGAGGGCGGCGGCGAGGACAUGGGCGAGUCGCUGCCCUCGCAGCGCGACGACGAGUUCCGGCCGUUCGUGCGGCGGCUGCCAGAGUGGCAGUUCUGGCUGUCCGCGACACGAGCGACGCUGAUCGCGCUGUUCUGCACGUUUUCCGAGGCGUUCGACGUGCCGGUUUACUGGCCGAUCCUCGUCGUGUAUUUCUUCGUUCUCUUCGCGCUCACCAUGCGCAGGCAAAUACAACAUAUGAUCAAAUACAAGUACAUCCCCUUCGACAUUGGUCGGAAAGUACGCUAUGGCAGCCACUAG